GGAUCCAUAACAGGGACAUUGGAAAAUUGCAACAAGUUUUGUGGGAAGGACAUGGGCAAAGACUUCGGGUCGAGACCAGUAAUAAUCCUCGCGUUAAAAGGUUUCUGGAAGCUGUCCCGUUUAUAAUGGGUACAGUAAAAGAUAUCCAUGCAGCAACGGUAGAAAACAAUUUAGAGGAACUGAAAAAGAAAAUUGACUCUACGUCGCCCAUCGUCUUGUGUAGCAAAGAUAGCAAUGGUUUAAACGCCCUACAUAAGGCUGCUGGAUUGGGGUACACGGAAAUUGCACGCGAAAUUCUUGCAAGAUACCCAUCGGUCGUGGAAGCGCAAGACAACGAUGGAAAAACGCCCCUGCAUUAUGCAGCCGCGGUAAAAGACGAUGGAGAGAUGUAUAACUUGUUGGCAGAAUACGGGGCUGACGAAAGUAAAUUGGACAAUAAACAAAAAACAGCGGGAUUCUACAAGAAUCGACCUUCAGACGUAGAUCAAACUCUUUUGAACGUGAUACCGGAAGCGCCUCGAGUCUCUAAGCCGUCCUACCCCAAAUACUGGGAUUGGAGGAUUUUGGAAGGUGAGGAAGCAUUGUCGAGAACCAUGAAGAAGGUUGUCAGCAGUACAGACAUUGAUAGCGCGUUUGGCAGCGCUGAAUCUGCAUCCAAAGGUUUCAGCAGAUCCAUAGAUCAGAUCAAGAACGUUGAAAACCAUCAAGACCAGCAGGAAAAUUCAGGAAACGCAGAAGAGGCAGAGAACGCAAAAGAUCCAGAAAAAGAAGAGACUAGUGAAAAUGUGGAAAACACAGAGGAUGCAGAGGAAACAGAAGAUACAAAAGACCCAGAUGAAGGAGAAGACAAGGAGGAGCCUACAGAGGAAGCGGCGAAUCCUGAGGAUGGGGAGGAAAGAUCGUCGGAUGACGACGUAGUGACAGGUACACCUGUGCAAGAUGCAGAGGAAGCUUCCCAAGCUGAAAAUGACGAGGAAGAAGAACCCACGGAGGAACCUGCGAAUGAAGCUGAAGAAGAAGAAAACAAAUCAGCAGAUCCCGAGAAAAACGAGGACAUUGACCAGGCGGAGGAUAACAAGGAUCACGAAGAGAGAAACGAGCCAAGCACGGGUGAUUCUGGUGUCGAUGAUCCAGGAAACGACGAAGAUCAGGUCAUCGCAGGAGAACACGACGAGCUUCCAGAGGCAGAACUGAACGAGGACAACAUGUCGGCGGAUCCGGAAAUGGAGAAGCUACUGGAGAACGGGAAUAUGGAACAGUUGGCCACUUUGGUUCUCAAUGGAGAUGGAAGGAGAUUGGUUGGCAGGCGUUCGGGGAAUCCUGAGCUCCAGGCUUUCAUCGACCGUGUUCCUUCUUAUAUGGGCAAGAUUCAUGCUGUGCAUAUGGCAGCACGAGAAGGAAAUCUGAGAGAUCUGCAAAGUUCAUUGGAUCGUCGCAAAUUUGCAGUAGCAAGAGAUGGUUCGUCGCCACGCGGUGCAACGCCUCUUCAUGUGGCAGUUGUAUUUGGAAACACUACUAUCAUUAGAUAUCUGGCGGGGAGGUUUCCAGAAACUGCGCAUGCAAUCGAUGCAGAUGGCCGAACACCUUUGCAUUAUGGGGCAACUCUCGCAGACAAUGGUCAUUAUUAUAACCUUCUACUUCAUUUGGGAGCCAAUCCUCUAGUUCAAGACAAUUUCGGGAAAAAAGCGGAGUAUUACAAGCUAAAUCAAACCGAAUUGUCGCAUAAAUUGCUUCUCCGUGCUUUUGGAGCUAAUGAGAAACUGGCGGAUGAAAUGUUGACAGACAAAGGCGACACUCCACUUGAUAUGCCAAUAUUCCAAGAGGAGGAAGGUCGAUAUUUAGCAUCAUCUCUUGGCGAUCCACUGCUCAAAGGUUUAACGGAAGUUGCCAAUGCACGUCCAAAGGAUCCAGUUACAUAUCUGGCAACCUAUCUAUAUAAUUUUGCCAAUAAAAACAAAAAUGGUGGACAAGAACAGGAACCCAACGUGUUGAUCAUUCCUGAUCGCGCUGAGGAAAAUAUAGAGAAUAUUGAGAAUGAAAACCCAGAUGACGAUGCUGGUUACCCACGAAGUCCUGGUUCUGAUGCUCCAGAAUCAGCUUUUAGUAACCCUAACAGAGAUGAACAUGGACAAAGCGUAAUUCACUUUGCAGCAAUUCGUUCUUACUCGAAGGAUGGUCUGUUCAAUCUCCUUCAAGAAAGCCAAAUUAAUAUUGGUUUCAGAGAUGAAUUAUAUAGAACAGCUAGGGAUGUUGCUGAAUUGGCAAAUGUUCGAGAAAACGUCGAAGAAAUUGAUCGUUUCGUGGCUUAUUUAGCAGCAAGGGGAGAAACUGAGAAAUUAGUCGAACUACUAUUGGAAGGGUAUGAUCACAUUUUGGACGUAGAAGAUGAAGGUACAAACAUCGUGGAUAUUGCUGGUGAACGGGGGCACGAGGCAACUGUACAAUUCUUACAAUCCAUUCCAAAUUACGUGGCACAACGCGAGGAAGUGCACCAUGAAAUCAGAAUGGAUAAUGUACCAAAAGCAAUGGAACUACUGAACAGAAACAACGGGGGAGGGAAAUUGUUGGCUAUGGGGAAGAAUGCGAUGAGUAGGUGUGCUCUUCACAUUGCUGUCCUUCGAGAGAAUGAAGAACUAGUCGAGUACAUUGCGAAUGCAUAUCCAGAGACUUUACGCAUCGGUGACAACUUGGAAAGAACCCCUUUGCAUUACGCAAUGGGAUUGCCUUUGGUCGAAGAGUUGAGCAAUAUCCUCAUUCAUGCGGGUGCAAAACGUACCGUCAAAGAUUUGAAAUCACGGCAACCCUCCUACUACUUCAUGAACAGGUCAGACAUAGAAAGACUUCAAGAAGAAGAAGAAAGUUUGAUCAAGUAGACCCAACUAGACGCGCAUAUUGGCAAUUAUUCAUGUAAACUUUGUAAUAAUUUUAUGAACUAACUGUCUAAUUGCAUUGAUUCGACAGAAGUGAAAGAAAUCAAUAUGUGCCACUUUAUUUGGUGAAUUGAAGAUUAUUAUAUCAAUAAAGAUUUAACACUUCUCCUCGAA